GUUUCAGUUUACGGAUGGACGUCGUGACGUGUCUUCUCGUUUUUACUCGACAGUACUGUGCAUAUCUUGUUUCUUGUGUACUUUUUUUUUCUCUUUUUACUAAACAACAAUUUGUUGAGAUUUUACAAACUGUGCCUAACAUUGAAUGAACAAAAAACAAACAACAUUUUCAAAUCAUGGUGCAGUUUAUCAAUGUGAAAUUCGAUUUUAAUAAUAAAAUUUAGUAAAAAGAGAAAUACAAAUCGACAGCCACAUCCAUAGUAAAGCCAUCAAAUUAAAACGAAAAAAAAAACACCAUAGUGAGAGAUUGUAUUUUAGCAUCGUAGCAGUGAAUUUUGAUUUUAUUUAGUGCGUGUGUGAGGAGUGAAGCUGAAUUCCGACUUUUUUGAAUGAGAGAUAUCUAUUUUGGAUGCAAUCACAGAUGAACAUGAAACCUAUCUUUGGAUUAUGAGAAUUUGUGUGUGCGCUGCAUUUUAUUUUCAAAAAAAGAGCUUGAACAAGCAAUGACUUUGACUGUAUCGGCCAAUAGUGAUAAUAAUUCGACGAUUCGUUUAAUGGAUAGCACUUCGAGCUCAGUAGCGGCACCGCUAGUUGAUGCAUUGCCAACAUCAGAACAAAGUCUUCUCGCCAAAUUGGAGGCGGCAAAUAAAUUAAUCGAAAGUGAUGCCAAAAGUUUAAAUUCAUUACAAAGUUCGGCACACAGCCGCAAAAGUUCCGACACAAGCCAAAUUAGUUUAAAUUCGGGUAUUUCAGUAGAAGAAGACAUCUGUUCGAUAUGGGCGGGUAUUGUAAACGAUUGGGAAGCGGCAUCGAAGCGCAAAACUCCAUCGGUUAAAGAAUUAGUUCGUCGUGGCAUCCCGCAUUAUUUUCGUGCCAUUGUAUGGCAACUACUUUGCGGAGCAUCCGAUGCUGAUAAGAAACAGUAUGCGGAUUAUAUUAAAGCAACAUCUGCCUGUGAAAAGGUGAUUCGACGAGAUAUCGCACGCACAUAUCCAGAGCAUGAUUUCUUCAAAGAGAAAGACGGUUUGGGACAAGAAGCACUUUUUAAUGUUAUGAAAGCCUAUUCACUGCACGACCGUGAAGUUGGCUACUGCCAAGGAUCGGGAUUUAUUGUUGGGCUACUUUUAAUGCAGAUGCCCGAAGAAGAAGCGUUCGCUGUUUUGGUUCAAAUCAUGCAACAACAUCGAAUGCGUGACAUGUUCAAACCGUCAAUGGCCGAGCUCGGUGUUUGUAUGUAUCAAUUGGAGAAUUUAGUACAAGAGCAAUUUCCCGAUUUGCACCUUCACUUCCAAUCGCAAACAUUUCAAACGUCAAUGUAUGCAUCACGAUGGUUUUUAACAUUGUAUACAACAUCGCUGAAUCUUCAAUUAAGCUGUCGAGUUAUGGACAUUUUUCUUAGCGAAGGCAUGGAAUUCAUUUUUAAAAUGGCAUUGGCAAUGUUGGCCAUCGGCAAAGAAUCACUACUUUCUCUUGAUAUGGAAGCUAUGUUGAAGUACUUCCAAAAAGAUCUUCCCGAGAUAGUUGAACGAGACCCAGAGAAUUUGUUCAAUUUAGCCUUUUCCAUGAAAAUCAAUACGAAACAAAUGAAAAAAUGGGAAAAAGAAUACGCCGCCGUUCGCAAGAAGGAACAAGAAGAAAUGGGAGAACUAAGACGUCUUCGAAAUGAAAAUCGUUUGUUGAAAAAACAAAAUGAGUUACUCGAAGCGGAGAGCACGGAAUUGGCUCAUCGUUUAGUUCGUGGUCAAGUGUCACGUGCCGAAGAGGAAGAAACAGCAUUCGCUAUUGAAUCGGAAUUGUUGGCACUUCGAAAAUCUCAUUUGGAAAUCUCGCAUCAAUUAGAAACUGCCAACGAAGAGAUUCGCGGGCUUAGUCUUCGACUACAGGAAAACCAACAAGAUAAUUCAAUAGAAGCUAAUAAUUCGCGACAAAAUUCAAUUGACGAGCUUUGCUUGAAAGAAGAGGCAUUGAAAGAACGUGAUGAAAUGGUAAGUUGUUUGCUUGAAGAAUUGGUUAAAGUGCGACAAAGUGUUGCCGAAGGCGAAGACACCAUUCGCAGUUUAAAAACGAAAAUCGAAGAGCUCGAAGAAGAUAAGAAAACACUUCGGGAAACAACGCCCGAUAAUUCGGUGGCACAUCUACAAGAUGAAUUGAUUGCAAGUAAAUUGAGAGAAGCUGAAGCAAGCCUUUCGCUAAAAGACCUCAAGCAACGGGUUCAAGAGUUAAGUACACAAUGGCAACGUCAAUUGCAGGUGAGCGCUUUGAACAAAAAAAACGAAAAUACCUCCGAUUCAACAUCAAAGAAAUUGAUGUUCUGGGAUAAUUCCAAGUCAAACGAAUUGCAAAAAGUCGAAGAAGAAUUGAUGACAACACGAAUACGUGAGAUGGAAACAUUGACUGAAUUGAAAGAGCUUCGUUUGAAAGUGAUGGAACUGGAGACUCAAGUGCAGGUAUCAACCAAUCAACUUCGGCGCCAAGAUGAGGAAAAUAAAAAAUUGCGCGAAGAGCUCGAUACAUCAUUGGCCCGUGAGAAGGAAAUGGGCAAUAAAGCACGUGAACAGCAGCACAGAUAUUCCGACUUGGAGUCACGCAUGAAAGAUGAAUUGAUGAAUGUUAAGAUUAAAUUUACCGAACAAAGUCAAACGGUGGCUGAGUUAAAACAGGAAAUAUCACGCUUGGAGACAAAGAAUUCCGAGUUGUUGGCCGAAGGUGAAUUACGAUCAAAUAUCGAUGAAUCCGAUAAAGUUAGAGAUUUGCAGGACAAAGUGGCCGACUUAAAAGCAGAGCUGACGGCAUGCAAGUCCCGUGGCGACUAUAGUUUAAAAAAGCUAAAAAGUGAUUCGAUUCAUUCCAUCGAGUCAGAUAUCGAUACAAGUGAAAUGCGACUAUGAAUUGUGGUCGUGUCACAUAAACUACAACAACAGCAACUGUGAAAUACUUAAUAAAUUAUAAAGAAAGCAAGUGAAAUAAUGAAUGAUUAAAAUGUGCAACUUAUGUAUUACAAUGUAGCAAUAAGAUUUGCAAUUAGAGAAAAAGAAAAAAAAAAUCAAUUUAAAGAAAAAAAUAAACAAAACUUAAAAAAAUACGACGAUUAAAUUGAAUAAAUCCAGUUUUAUAAAUGGAGUUAAUUUUUUUAUUCUGAAACAAGAAAAAAUACACAUAGAUGUCGUUUAAUUAAGGAUAAAAAAUGCUCGAAUUAUUCCAUAUGAAAUCUGUAUAUUUCGGCGGAAAAGACUAAAAACAAAUUGAGUUUAUGAUUUAUUUGCAGUGAAUAGUUUCUGUUUUUUUUUGUUCUAGACAGUUGUAUAAAGUGGGGAUUGCUCCUCUGAGGAAGAGGAACGGCGAGAAGGAAAACGAGGAGGACGAGAGCGCUGAGGAGGAUCCUCCUCCUCAAGUCAGAAGAAAAAUGUUUUUAACCAAAAAAAGAUAUUUUUGUGAUGAAAACAGCUUUUGAUCAAAAAAUGUUUUCCUCCUAACUUGAGGAGGAGGAUCCUUCUCAGCGCUCUCUUGCAGCCGUUCAGAGGAGAGGAACAAUCCCUGAUAUAAAGAUAUAUAUGAAUUAUUUACACACAAAAAGAGAGAAACAAAGAAAUUCUAUGGUGUAUUGUUAUAUUAUUUCAAAUUGAUAAUUUAGGUGACGUUUAUUGAACAGUAAAACGAUAAUCGCACAAUUAUGCAUAAAACUGAGAACAUUUUUCUUCGGAUGAUAUUAAUUUCUUGUCGUCCGCUUUGUGGCAAUAUUUUAAUGCUUACGAGAUUUAUCUACAUGGAAGAUUUUUUCUUUUUUGCAUUUGAUUUUCGAAUAAACAUUGUCGACUGAAUAAAUUUUAUGUGGCAAUUUUUGUUCGAGUUCAAAAGCAGUUUGAUAUUAGGCAGCUAGCUGUAUCGCAUAAGAUUUACGUAAUAAAAUAGAAAAAAAAAUAAAAAAAAACAUGACACAUCCGCAUGCGAGUGACCUUAGGUCAUACACAGAGAAAAUUUAAACGACAAAAUUUUAAUUCAAUAGUAGAUUUUAUUAUUAGCUUCAAAAAAAAAAAACGGAAGAAAAUCAAACAAACACAAUAUUUAAUUACAUCACGAAUAAAGGAAUUUUUUUUAUUUGUGCAGGUCAAAGCAAUGAAAACAGAUAUUUUCACAACAAAAUCAUUUCGGCAAUCAAUGUACUUAAAUUUAAGUUUUGUUUUAUUAUUUAAAAUAUCAUUAUUUAUUCCGCAAAAGUA